ACAAACAAGGGGUUUAAUUUAAGUUGUAAAAAAGCGAGCCAAAAAAGACUAGCUCGGUAGAUAUUUUUCUCGAAGGAAAUCGUUAAAACCCUAACUCCUAAAUAUCGCUCGCCACAAACCGGAAAAGGAAGUCUCGCCUGAUUUUCGUCGGAGAAGAUGGCUUCUAUGGCCUUAUCCGGAGGCGGCCUACUGAAAUCGCCUCAACUCACUUCUAAAACCUCAUUUCUCAUUCGGUGUAACAAUUUGUCGGAGUCACUGAAGUGCAAGGACAAUGGAAGACCGGUGACCGUUAGCCGGGAUUCUAACGGUCGGGCGGCGGUGGCGCUGCCCAGCUUCUUGACCACCCCCAAUCAGUUCUUGGACAGAAUCCCGGUUCCGAAAAACGACACGCGUCUCCGCAUUUUCUCCGGCACUGCUAAUCCUUCUCUAUCUCAGGAAAUUGCUUGUUACAUGGGUCUGGAGCUUGGUAAGAUUAAGAUCAAGCGAUUUGCUGAUGGGGAAAUUUAUGUUCAGUUACAAGAGAGUGUACGUGGUUGUGAUGUGUAUCUUGUGCAACCUACAUGCCCUCCAGCAAAUGAAAAUCUUAUGGAGCUCUUGAUAAUGAUUGAUGCUUGCCGUCGAGCAUCAGCGAAAAAUAUUACUGCUGUUAUCCCAUAUUUUGGGUAUGCACGGGCUGAUCGAAAGACUCAAGGACGUGAAUCGAUUGCUGCCAAACUUGUGGCAAAUUUGAUUACUGAAGCAGGCGCAGAUCGGGUUUUAGCAUGCGACCUCCAUUCUGGACAGUCAAUGGGAUAUUUUGACAUUCCAGUAGAUCAUGUGCAUGGCCAGCCAGUCAUACUUGAUUAUCUUGCCAGCAAGACAAUAUGUUCUGAUGAUUUAGUUGUGGUCUCGCCGGAUGUUGGUGGGGUUGCUAGAGCUAGAGCCUUCGCGAAAAAGUUAUCUGAUGCUCCUCUAGCCAUUGUGGAUAAAAGGCGUCAUGGGCACAAUGUUGCUGAGGUGAUGAAUUUGAUUGGUGAUGUUCGGGGGAAAGUGGCAGUGAUGGUGGAUGACAUGAUUGAUACUGCUGGAACUAUUGCAAAAGGAGCUGCUCUAUUACAUCAAGAGGGAGCUAGGGAGGUUUAUGCUUGUAGCACUCAUGCUGUUUUCAGUCCUCCUGCUAUCGAAAGAUUGUCAAGUGGUCUCUUUCAAGAGGUUAUCAUCACAAACACCAUUCCAGUGGCAGAGCAAAACUAUUUCCCUCAGCUUACAAUCUUAUCUGUGGCUAACCUUUUGGGUGAAACUAUAUGGCGCGUGCAUGACGAUUGUGCUGUAAGUAGUCUUCUCUUUGCAGCAAGUAUUUUGAGAUUGGAGAUUGUCCGUAUGAGUAUAUAAAUCUGCUUUUAUGCGCAAAAUUUCAGGGCGGUUUUGAACCUUACUCGAGUUUGGGGAUCGACUGACAGGUGUAGUGGUCGUGAGAAAUUCACUUGCCAUUGCAGUUUUGUGAACACUUGCAAAGGAGACCCAUUUGCUGAAAUUUCCAACAUUAAGUGUAAUACAACAAUUGUAGUCCUGCUGUACAAAUCUAUUGGAAGACCUAAUGUUAUCAUGUGUUUGUAUAUGUCAGUUGGUGACAUUUCUAUAUCAAAGAAUUUCACUCUUAUUUGCUUUCGA